CACCUCCCCCCCGACCGAUGCGCUCGCUUGCAAACAAAGCAGAAAAAUCGGUCAUUGAUGACUCAAAUCAGCACAUGACAGUAUCCAUUGCAAUCUAAACGCACGCCAACCGGUAGCAGCCGAUACAAUGGCGACCCCCGAGGUUGACGUGUCCAGCCUGACAACGUCGGCAAACAUCUUCUCUGGCACAAACACCCUGCCGCAAAUCCGAACGAUAAAUAAUAUCAUACGAUCGCACAUCGAUGAAAUUUCCAGUCGCUUGCGGACUCAGGUCGGCAGCUCGUACCGUGAGCUGCUGGGUACGGCCGAUGCGAUUGUCCAGAUGCAGGAGGACAACGACAAUGUACAGCAGCUGUUAGCCAGAAUGGGCGGCAAAUGCGGUCGUACGAUCGUGACGAAUAAGUCGGAGAGUUUGAAACAUUUCAAGAAGCAGCAGUCUCGACCAGAAAUGUCCGUGGUUGCGCGGACAAAACUCUUGAAUGAUUGCGUCUCUGCGGCGGACACUACUCUUCAAGGCUGUGGUGGCCUGGGCAAGAAAAGCGUCGGCGACCGUCUUUUGCUUUCUUCCAAGCUUUUGACACUCGGUCGACUUCUAACUGCAAGCUUACAAGAUGGUGUAUCCGACAAGCGAGUAGCGCAGACCACAGAUGCGGCGAAGAAUACCAUUGAGCGACUGCGCUGGAAGCUACGCCGUGGCAUUGACAAGGUACUGGAGUAUCCCAGCGAAGAUUCUGACAGAGACGAUAUUCUCAAAGCAUUAUGCGCUAGAAGCGUUGCAUCAAGUUCCGGCGCCAAGGAUGCGUUGCGUUAUCUUCUAGAUGUGCGAGGCAAAUCCAUCAAAGCCGCUUUUGACACUGAAGAAGGCGAGCGAACACAAACACCAGAAAACACUUUACUAGCGCUGAAGCUCUAUAUCCGAACAAUUUUGGAUGUACAGGCGCUUCUUCCAACGACUCUUCCACAGGCCCUUGUGGCAUUGAAGCAGAACCGUCUCCUCGCCGACACAACAUUAAAGCAACUCAACACUCUCCGUCUGGACUUGUACGAAUCAUGGUGCAGUGAAGAGAUUCAAUUCUACACGCCGUUUAUUCGACAUGACGAUCUAGAUGGCAAAACAGCUCGAGAAGCACUUUUGAAAUGGGCGGAGGCUGCUUCGCAAGAUUUCAUCAACGGUCUCAAGGAGACAACUGACAGCAUCUCGGAUUUUACAGCUAUCAUAAAACUCCGAGGAGAUGUCUUGCAACUCUGGAUUCGAAACGGCAGCAAGGCAAAAGGCUUUGAUCCUCAAGAACUCCUUGACGAAAUUCGCGAGACUUUGAACGGCAGGAUGCUACAUAUGCUCGAAGCCAAAGCAUCCAAACUGCACCUGGUUGGGUCAGAAAUUCACUCAACACUUGAACAUUGGCAGAUUGGUAUCACAGGGAAACAGGCUGGCCUCUGGACUCGUGACGGCUACGAGCAAGCACUCGAACAAGGAGCAACAACUUUCUUGGAAGAAGUCAUCUCAAGGUUAUAUGGGCGUAAUGACUCUGUCUCGAAAGCGUUCCACAGUUAUCUUGCUUGGUUCAAUGCCGUUCAGGAGGUUAAAACUGAGUUGGAAGGUUUAACAAAGCAGCGUUGGGAUAACGACUUUGACGAGGUCGAAGACGAGGAUACCUUAGAGAGCCGGCAACAGACCUUGAGCAAAGACGACCCUAAACUUCUACAAGACAGGAUGGAUAAAACACUCGAAAGUUCUUACAAAGCGCUUGCAACGCAGCUUAGCGAAGUUUGGGCGUGCAAAGAGAAUGAUAAAGAUGCCAGUGCCGUGGCUGCCUAUCUACUCCGCGUCAUUCGCGAUAUAGGGACAAAGUUACCAGAGCGACCCGUCAUCUCGAACUUUUGUGACGAUAUUGUGGCGCCGCUGCAGGCAUCAGUAGCCUCCGCCGUUAUAUCGUCAGGUACCAAGGACUUUUUGGAAAGUGGCCUACCGAAUAGAACCGUGGAAUGUCGCAGUCUCUGGGACGGCGAGCCAGCGCUACCAAUGCAGCCUUCGCCUGAUACCUUCAACUUGCUUCACAGCAUGUCGAUGAAGAUGUCUGAUACUGGUAUUGACCUCUGGACUCCAUCUGCUACCAAGAUCCUCAAGUCCCAGCUUAUUAGCAAGCUUGUUACCGCGUGGGAAUCAGAAUUGACCAAGAUUGAAGAUUCAGACACCGGUAGUACCGACGAUGCAUCCCCAACUUCCGACAGCACCAAGCCCGCGGCAUCCGUCAACGUCCCCGAGCUUUGCACACAGUGGCUCUUCGAUGCCAGUCUGUUACAGGAAAGCCUGGGAUCUUCGGACGAAUUCGACAAGCUUGUUAGCAGCAUUUACAAACGAACACAACUUGACGACGAGGCGCAGAAGAAGCGCAUUACCAAAGCAACAAGCGCAUACUGGCAGCGCAUCAGCAUGCUCUUUGGCCUAUUUACAGACGCAUGAACUAUAGAAAAAUCGAUAGAUCAAAAGCAUAUAAAACUAGUUUAACGUGAUUAAUGAUGA